GGCGCGGCCGGGCUCCGGCGGGCGCGGAGCGCGGCGGGAGCGGAGCGAGCACCAGGCUUUGGUUGGUGUUGUAGACUCGUAUUUCUCUGAAGGUGAUGUUUUCCUAACACUUUCAGCUUGGCUUUGAAAGCUGCUUCGCUGGAAUGUUUUAAACGGUUAAAAAAAUCUCUAGGAUUUGAAGUUUAUUUAAAUUAAUUGAAGGAAAUACUUCUGGCCUCACCAAAGAAAUAACUGGAAUCAUGGAUCAGAACAACAGUUUGCCACCCUACGCUCAAGGCUUAGCCUCCCCUCAGGGUGCAAUGACUCCAGGAAUUCCAAUUUUCAGCCCGAUGAUGCCGUAUGGCACAGGACUAACACCGCAGCCUGUCCAGAGCACCAACAGUCUGUCCAUACUGGAGGAGCAGCAGCGGCAGCAGCAGCAGCAGCAAGCAGCACAGCAAUCCACGUCACAGCAAGCCACACAGGGAACAUCUGGUCAAACCCCCCAGCUCUUCCAUUCACAGACUCUUACCACAGCCCCUUUACCAGGAACCACACCUCUGUACUCCUCUCCAAUGACUCCAAUGACUCCAAUAACUCCUGCGACACCGGCAUCAGAGAGCUCUGGCAUAGUGCCACAACUACAGAAUAUUGUGUCUACAGUGAAUCUUGGUUGCAAACUUGACCUAAAAACUAUUGCACUUCGUGCCCGAAAUGCUGAAUAUAAUCCCAAGCGUUUUGCUGCUGUUAUUAUGAGAAUAAGAGAACCACGUACUACUGCACUGAUAUUCAGCUCUGGAAAAAUGGUGUGCACAGGAGCAAAAAGUGAGGAGCAAUCCAGACUGGCUGCAAGGAAGUAUGCAAGAGUUGUUCAGAAACUGGGUUUUCCUGCAAAAUUUUUGGAUUUCAAAAUUCAGAAUAUGGUGGGCAGCUGUGAUGUGAAAUUUCCCAUCAGACUGGAAGGAUUGGUACUCACACACCAGCAGUUCAGCAGCUACGAGCCGGAAUUGUUUCCUGGCUUAAUCUACAGAAUGAUUAAGCCAAGAAUUGUUCUGCUUAUUUUUGUUUCUGGAAAAGUGGUUUUAACUGGUGCUAAAGUACGAGCAGAAAUCUAUGAAGCAUUUGAAAACAUCUAUCCUAUUUUAAAGGGAUUCAGAAAGACAACGUAACAGUUUCUACAUGUUUCAGAGAAAUCAGGGGUAUAUUUUAAAAGUAUUGUGUAUGGCACAGCAGUAACGAGAAACGGACUUCCAGUGCAAUUGCAACACCAGGACUUGGACUAUUUCCCAGUUAGUGCCUACUUCCCUGAUGCUCAAGGGGAACUGUUUUCUUGAAUAUGUCUACUGAGUUACUGUGAGUUGCUUUACUGGGCUGUUCCUGGAGCAGCCCUUCCAACUUUUAUUUAUAUUCUAGCUUUUAAAUAGUUUUAAUGCCAGUUCUAUUAAUAGAAAAAUCUGUAAGUUGGUUUAAAGACAAAUGCAACUGUGUCACUCAGUGUAUAAACCACUUUAAUUGCCAUGUAUAUAUGUUUUAAGUUCCUUCCAUAAGACCAUGGUUUUUAUAAUUUUCAGAACUUUAGCUUUUAAAUUUUUUUUCAAUUUUAAAUUUCUUUGGUGCCAGACACAUUCCCUCUUUCCAGUAUUAAGCAAGAUAGAAUAAAUUUAUUAAUUAAAAUGGCUCACUGUACAUAUAUAUAUAAUAUAUAUCUUUCUUCUCGUUCCUUCUUCAACUCCACAUGUACAAUAAACCCUGUUUAUACAAC